CCUGUACAACGCAUCGAAGAUAGCGAGACAAAGUCUCUCUCUCUCUUCUUUAUCUUCUCUUCUUCUUCUUCCUCGCAGCCUUUCAAACCCUAGAAAUCCUCGAAAUUCGAGCGGAUAUCAACCCUAGAGAGAGUGACUUGAGGAAAAUCUCUGCAAAUUUAUUCAGAUUUGAAGUUAGAACUGAGUUAACUCGAGCUCGAGUGGUUCAUCGACUCGGCGGGUUUCGGGAGAUCAAGUUCUUUUUUGUCUUUGGGGGGAGAAAAUGUCGUCGUUAAGCAGAGAAUUGGUGUUUCUCAUACUUCAGUUUCUGGAGGAAGAGAAAUUCAAGGAGUCGGUUCAUAAGCUUGAGAAAGAAUCAGGUUUUUUCUUCAACAUGAAGUACUUUGAAGAGAAAGUUCAGGCAGGAGAAUGGGAAGAAGUUGAGAAGUAUUUAUCUGGUUUUACAAAAGUUGAUGAUAACCGAUAUUCCAUGAAGAUAUUCUUUGAGAUAAGGAAGCAGAAGUAUCUGGAAGCACUGGAUCGGCAAGACAAGGCAAAGGGUGUUGAAAUAUUGGUGAGUGAUUUGAAGGUGUUCUCCACAUUUAAUGAGGAAUUGUACAAAGAAAUCACUCAACUUUUGACACUGAACAAUUUCAGGGAAAAUGAACAGCUGUCCAAAUAUGGGGAUACAAAAACUGCCCGCAGUAUAAUGUUGAUAGAACUUAAAAAACUCAUAGAAGCAAAUCCACUUUUCCGUGAUAAGCUUGCUUUCCCUACUUUGAAGUCUUCAAGACUAAGAACUUUGAUCAACCAAAGCUUGAACUGGCAGCAUCAGCUAUGCAAGAAUCCAAGGCCAAAUCCAGACAUCAAGACUUUAUUCACAGAUCACACAUGUGCGCCUCCAAAUGGUCCUCUUGCUCCUACACCUGUCAAUCUUCCAGUUGCUGCGGUUGCAAAACCUGCUGCUUAUACAUCACUUGGAGCUCACAAUCCCUUCCCACCAACCGCAGCAGCAGCUAACGCUGGUGCUUUGGCAGGCUGGAUGGCCAAUGCUUCUGCUUCUUCAUCUGUUCAAGCUGCUGUUGUCACUGCAUCAUCCAUACCUGUUCCACAAAAUCAAGUUUCAGUCUUGAAGCGUCCAAGAACACCUCCAGCAGCGCCAGGCGUGGUUGAGUAUCAGAACCCUGACCAUGAACACCUAAUGAAAAGAUUGCGGCCUGCUCCAUCUGUUGAGGAGGUUACAUAUCCUACAGCUUUACGGCAGCAAGCUUGGUCAUUGGAUGACCUACCAAGAACAGUGGCUUUGACCAUGCAUCAAGGAUCCACAGUCACAAGCAUGGAUUUUAAUCCUUCACAAUCCACUUUGCUACUUGUUGGUUCUGCUAAUGGUGAAAUCACGCUCUGGGAACUUGGAAUGCAUGAGAGGUUGGUUACAAAGCCAUUCAAGAUAUGGGAAAUGUCAACAUGUUCAAUGACAUUUCAGGCUUUGAUGGUCAAUGAUGCAACGAUAUCUGUCAGCCGUGUGACAUGGAGUCCUGAUGGAAGUUUUGUAGGGGUUGCAUUUUCCAAACACUUAAUUCACUUGUAUGCUUAUCCUGGGCCAAAUGAUCUAAUCCAGCGCUUAGAGAUUGAUGCCCAUGUUGGUGGUGUAAAUGACUUAGCUUUUGCUCAUCCAAACAAACAACUGUGCAUUGUUACCUGUGGAGAUGACAAGCUCAUAAAGGUGUGGGAUUCAAUGACGGGACAAAAGCUGUUUAAUUUUGAAGGUCAUGAUGCACCGGUUUAUUCCAUCUGCCCACAUCAUAAAGAGAAUAUUCAGUUCAUAUUUUCAACCGCUGUUGAUGGGAAAAUUAAGGCUUGGCUGUAUGAUAAUAUGGGUUCCAGAGUUGACUAUGAUGCUCCAGGUCAUUGGUGUACUACAAUGCUUUACAGUGCUGAUGGAAGUAGAUUGUUCUCUUGUGGAACAAGUAAAGAUGGUGAAUCUUUUCUGGUUGAGUGGAAUGAAAGUGAAGGAGCAAUAAAGAGGACUUAUGUGGGGUUUAGAAAGAAAUCAGCAGGUGUGGUGUCAUUUGACACGACUCAAAAUCACUUUUUAGCUGCAGGAGAAGAUAGCCAGAUAAAGUUUUGGGACAUGGAUAAUAUCAAUCUUCUCACUUUCACAGAUGCGGAGGGUGGACUCCCUAGUCUACCCCGUGUGAGAUUCAAUAAGGAAGGAAAUCUCCUUGCUGUGACCACAGCAGACAAUGGAUUCAAAAUACUUGCGAAUGCUGUGGGUAUCAGAUCUUUAAGAGCGACUGAAACAUCAUCUUUUGAUCCAUUGAGAACACCCAUUGUUUCUGCUGCAAUUAAGGCUUCUGGCCCUUCUGCAGUUACAAAUGCUGGUCCUGUCAGUUGUAAAGUGGAAAGGAGCUCUCCUGUCAGGCCUUCUCCUAUACUUAAUGGAGUUGAUCCCUUGGGUAGAAGUGUUGAAAAGGCAAGAGUUGUGGAUGAUGUGAUAGAGAAGACUAAACCCUGGCAGUUAGCUGAAAUUGUGGAUCCUAUUCAGUGUCGGUUAGUUACCUUACCUGACAGCACAGAUACCUCCAGCAAGGUUGUUCGGCUUCUAUAUACCAAUUCUGGUGUUGGUAUUUUGGCACUUGGGUCAAACGGUGUUCAGAAGCUAUGGAAGUGGCCCCGCAAUGAGCAGAGUCCAUCUGGGAAGGCCACUGCCAGUGUUGUUCCACAGCAUUGGCAACCAAAUAGUGGUCUUCUUAUGACUAAUGAUGUCUCAGGUGUCAACCUGGAAGAGGCUGUACCAUGCAUAGCACUCUCAAAGAAUGAUUCUUAUGUCAUGUCAGCCACUGGUGGCAAAGUUUCUUUAUUUAACAUGAUGACUUUCAAGGUAAUGACAACAUUCAUGUCCCCUCCUCCAGCUUCAACCUUCCUAGCAUUCCACCCUCAGGAUAAUAAUAUCAUAGCAAUUGGAAUGGAGGAUUCAACUAUCCAUAUUUACAAUGUUCGGGUGGAUGAGGUGAAAUCAAAAUUGAGAGGUCACCAAAAGCGAAUAACUGGUUUGGCUUUUUCCACCAGCCUCAAUAUCUUGGUUUCUUCAGGUGCUGAUGCUUACCUGUGUGUGUGGAGCAUUGAUACAUGGGAGAAAAGGAAAUCAGUUGCAAUCCAAAUCCCAGCAGGAAAGGCACCUACAGGUGACACACGAGUACAGUUUCACUCUGAUCAAAUUCGCAUGCUGGUAGUUCAUGAAACGCAGUUAGGAAUAUACGAUGCCUCCAAGAUGGAGCGCAUACGACAGUGGGUUCCUCAAGAUGUUCUGCCUGCGCCAAUAUCUUAUGCAGCAUACUCCUGUAACAGCCAAUCUGUUUAUGCUACCUUUUGUGAUGGUAAUGUUGGGGUGUUUGAUGCUGAUAGCCUGAGACUUAGAUGCCGUAUUUCUUCAUCAGUGUACUUGUCCCAGGCAAUCUUAAAGGGAAACCAAGCUGUAUACCCACUUGUGGUGGCUGCACAUCCGAUGGAGGCGAACCAAUUUGCAAUCGGGUUGAGCGAUGGAUCGGUUAAAGUGAUGGAACCCACAGAAUCGGAAGGGAAAUGGGGAGUGAGUCAACCGGUGGAUAACGGUGUGCUGAAUGGUAGGACGACGUCGUCAUCUACAACUAGCAAUCACACACCGGAUCAGUUACAAAGAUGAGAUAUGUUAUACAACUAUCCCAAAGUGUCUUGUGUAAUUUAUGAAAUGUAGAUGAUUAGGUUCUUGCUUUUUAGUCUGCCAUAUGUCCCAACCCCAAGCUUAUGUAAAAGUAAAGCGCAAAUGUUUAGGAAUUUGCCCCAUUCUUGUAUAAUCCACCUACUUGAUUCAUAGUUGUAGUUUUACUUUGCUUGUACUUAACCCCUCCCGAGUGUUUUUCUUUUUUCGUGGAAACAGACGUAAUACUAUUAUUAUUAUUAAUUUUUUUUGCCUAAUAAACACAGUAGUAAUUCUCA